GAAGCCGAACGACUGAACGGAAGGGAACGUUUUCCCGCGCCCUCGCGUGGACGUUACACGAAGCGCGCGAACCUGCCGAGAAUAUGAUCAUACACUGAGGAGCCAGCUUCCGCAAUAGAAGAUCAAUAGAGAGAGUUUGUUUUCUUCUCCCCCGGUGGGCGUGGUUUUCAGUUGAUGACGCGUGUCGCGCCGUCUCUGUUCAAACACGAGCGAGGGGGCGGUGCUUGGGGUCAGCGCCCCGCCCACCCCGGGCUCUAGUAGUCGGUGCGCGCGCGCCGCUCCCCCGCUGUCUCACCUGCGCGCGGACAUGAGCACGCGUCUUCCUCCGCUCGGAUCGCAUGGAGUGUGACGGGGACCCGGGCGCCGCGCGCGUCAAGCGUCAGGCGGUGAAGCGGCAUCAUCACAAACACAACCUGAAGCACCGCUACGAGUUCCUGCAGACGCUCGGGAAGGGCACGUACGGGCGCGUGAAGAAAGCCGUGGACCGCUCCGGCAGGACGGUGGCCAUAAAGUCGAUCCGUAAGGAGAAGAUCCGUGACGAGCAGGACCUGAAGCACAUCCGGCGCGAGAUCGAGAUCAUGUCGUCUCUCGCUCAUCCACACAUCAUCAGCAUCUACGAAGUGUUCGAGAACAAGGACAAGAUCGUCAUCGUGAUGGAGUACGCCAGUAAAGGAGAUCUGUACGACUACAUCUGUGAGAAGCAGCAGGUGUCUGAGAGCCAGGCCAGACUCUUCUUCAGACAGAUCGUCUCUGCCGUCCACUACUGCCACCGGAACGGUAUUGUCCAUCGCGACCUGAAGUUGGAGAACAUCUUGCUGGACGACAACGGCAAUAUAAAGAUCGCUGACUUCGGCUUGUCAAACCUCUACCAGGACGAUAAAUUCCUGCAGACGUACUGCGGCAGUCCUCUGUACGCUUCACCUGAGAUCGUGAACGGCAGGCCGUACAGAGGACCGGAGGUGGACAGCUGGUCUCUGGGCGUCUUACUGUACACCCUGGUUCAUGGAGCCAUGCCUUUCGACGGACAAGACCACAAGAAGCUGGUCCAGCAGAUCAGCACAGGAAACUACCACAAACCCACCAAACCAUCUGAUGCGUGUGGUUUGAUCCGCUGGAUGUUGAUGGUAAACCCAGAGCGUAGAGCUACUCUGGAAGAGAUCGCGGGUCACUGGUGGCUCAACUGGGGCUAUCAGCUCCCUCUGCUGGCUCAGAGUGACCCCGCCGCUGCACAUCAGGAGCCAGGACACACGGCCCCUGCGUGUCAAACCGGUGGCCCGACUCGCAUCGCAGACUGGCUGCGCCGAACAUCUCGCCCUCUUCUAGAGAGCAGCUCUAAGAUGCGCUGCCUACUGAGGACAGGUGGGGCCACCGGAGGGGAACCGGUCCAGCGGCAGCGCUCCAUACGCAGGUCGCGCAAGGAAAACAACGUCUCGCAGACCAUGCAGGAAGCUCCUCGCCCAUCCAAAGGAAUUCUAAAGAAGCGGGGAAGUCUUAAACAGAAAGUUCCCAGUGACUCCCAGGCUACGCCGUUGGAGGAGAAGAGCCAGAACGCUUUGGCGCCAUCUGUCCUGCCUCCACCUCCUAAAGGCAUCCUGAAGAAGACUUCAGAGAGCGAGUCAGGCUAUUACUCAUCUUCUCCAGAGAGCUCCGGAGAGACUCUUGGGAACCCAGAGGCGCACCGAAAGGGCAUCCUCAAACGGCACGGCAAGUUUUCCGGCGGCUUGCAGGAAUUUGGCUCUCUGGACCAGCUUGCACCCUCCUUACCAACGGUAGUCAACAGAUCCCGGCCAAGCGGCGCAAUCAGCGAGGACAGCAUCCUUUCCUCAGAGUCCUUUGACAGACUUGACCUACCAGACCGGGAGAUUCCAGUCGCCCCAAUGGUGCGACCAGCGGGUGGACGGAGGAUGAGAGGAUGCGUGUCCGCUGACAAUCUCCUGGACUUAAGGGAAGAGUCUCAGUAUCAGGGACACUGGGAGAUGGACAUGGCCUGCUACCGCGCAGGAGUCUCCGAUAGCGUAUUUUCAAUUUCUGACUGCGAAAAUGUCACUCAGGCUUAUAAACAAGCUUUGGGAGCAACUGCGAGCUGAAGCGCACAGGGACUACGAUACGCAGAGAUGCCGCAAUUCCAGUUACGCCUGGAAAAGGAAGCCGGUUGGAGGCAAGGAAAGUACAUCUGGAGCAAUGCCAGACAGGGAAUGGUUCCAGGCCCAGCAGUAAAUGGACCUUUGUGGAGGACAGGGCGUCCUGUUUGGGAUGUGCAUUUCAUGCUGAGGGAACAGCCGUUUGUGUUGUAAAAUGCAAAACAUGGUUUUUAUUAUGUAGACUUGGUUUGAGGAAAGAACCUUUUUUAUUUCGCCUUGCUCCCAGUGAUAAACAGCUGACUGGCUAUUCUUUGAAAUGUUUUUAAAUUACUGUUUUGGGUGUUGGCUAGUCACAAAAAUACCAAAGAUGACUCAUGAUAAAGUUCAGAGCCGUUGUGAGUUCAGUUUGUUUUUAAAGGUGAAUGCUGGUGGUAGAACACAACCAAACAGUGCCAAGGUUGACUUAAAGAUCUUAAAGAUCGUUCCCGCCAAUUUCUGACCUUUACCAUGCUCAGAGUUCUCAAGCACACAGACACAACAAACUACUGUCUGUUUAUGACUUUAUGUAGUCCAGACUUCAGUUUUGCAUCUGUUUCAUGAUAAGAUAAGAGCGUUUGAACUCUUCCAUGUCGCAGAUAAUUAGUUGGUAAAAUACGCUGUGACCUUUCAGAGUAAGAUGAUUGAAAGUGCUUUGUUGGAAACAUGUUGAAACGGUUAGAUUUACUGUUUUUGCCAAUGUAGAAGUUAACAAUUGUGUGGUUACAGCUAUUUCGGGAUGGGAUGGGAUGUGAUGGGGUUUCGGUGCAUAGCAGGGUGUUCGGGGUCAUCAGUACACCUGACCUCUUCAUACAGUGUCUAGUGUCACGGCUCGAGACAACCCGGGUUAUGAGGUGUUCCUCUGUUUGAUGUCAUGUUUUGUUCUAAUUUCUGCAUGUUUAUUUGCCAAAGUGCCUGAUUUAUCUGCCCUGAUGUCUCUUUGACUGAAUGGAACAAUAAAACAGCACAAGUGAAGUGGAAAA